AUGACAACUGACAUUAAACUGACAACUGAGUCUAACCUGAGCCAUAGAGCCAUCGGCAUAGAGCCACUGGCAAAACCAAAGCUACUGGGUCAAGCAUCAAAUGCCAAAAACAGAAGCUGGCACAGCAAGGGAGAGUUCGAUAUGGCCGGCGUGAGGAGUCAGACCUCACUCUACGAGUGGUAUUCCGAAGGGGGAAUCACAGAACCCCUGAAGGCAGAAGGAGAAUUCUUCACCCUCAACGGCAAGAAGAUCCACAUCCUCAGCGGCUCCAUCCACUACUACCGGGUCCACCCGGACUACUGGCGCGACAGACUCCUAAAACUCAAGGCCCUGGGCCUCAACACCGUGGACACGUACGUCCCGUGGAACCUGCACAACCCCCGGCCGGGCGUAUUCGACUUCGGCGACGGAAACGAGCACAUGUCUCCCUUCCUGAACCUCAGCACUUUCCUCGAGAUCGCGAAAGAGCUGGAGCUGUUCGUGAUCCUUCGUCCCGGGCCCUACAUCUGCACCGAGUGGGACUUCGGCGGCCUCCCCAGUUAUCUACUGAGAACGUCGAUGAAGGUGAGGACUUCGGAUCCAGAAUACGUGGCCCCGGCCGAGGAAUACCUCCGGACCGUCGGUCAACGAGUCCAGAAUUUCGUCUGGAACAACGCCGGUCAACCGAAUCCUAUCAUCGCCGUCCAGGUGGAAAACGAGUACGGCGCCUUCGGCUACGACGACGGCAUCCGCGACACGGAAUACCUCGAGACGGUCAUGUCGAUCCUGCAAUCCAGCGGAUUCGGCUCCGACGUCCUCUACUUCACUUCCGACAGCCCCCUCGCCACCGGGACCCUCGGAGCCAUCCCCGGCGUGCUGAUGACGGCCAACUUCCAGACCGACUCCGACGCGCAGUUCGACGAGCUGCUGCGACUCCAACCCGACCGACCCCUCAUGGCCACCGAAUUCUGGACGGGGUGGUUCGACCACUGGCUCGAGGAAUACCACCAGGUCCGAGACCCCGAAUGGAUGAGGUCGGAACUGACCAAGAUGCUCCAAAGGAAAGCAUCGGUGAACUUCUACAUGUUCCACGGGGGAACCAACUUCGGCUUCAUGAACGGGGCCAACGUGUUCAACUUCUGGCCUUACUACGCACCCGACGUCACGAGCUACGACUACGACGCCCUGCUGUCGGAGGCCGGCGACUACACCGAGAAGUACGAGGUCGCGGUGGAGGUGAUCCGCGAGCAGUACGACGGCUCGACCGGGGGCCUCCCGCCUCUGAACCAGCUGGAGCCGGGACAGAGGCCGCCCGAGACGAACAAAGCGGCCUACGGUACCAUCAGCGUCACUCACUACAUGGAAUUCGACGAUAUCGUCGCCCUCAUCGGCCAGGUAAGAAAUCUCGACGUCCUGAUCGAAACCGGUGAGGAUUUUCUUCGCCAUUUCCGGGUUUCGCAGGAGAACUUGGAGAAUCCAGAGAUGGGUGGUCCCUGGCUGAGCAUGGAGGAGCUGACCCUGGACGCCGAGGCCGACGUCGGCCAGCAGUUCGGCUUCGUCGUCUACAAGCUGGCCGGGAGCGUGAAUGCAGGCGCCGUGCUCAAGGCCCAGGGACACAUCCGCGACAUGGCCUACGUCCUCGUCGGUGGUGCCGUCGUCAAUCCGCCGCUUCAGAGGCCCGAGGAUCUCGAUAAUUUUGGAUACUGGGUGCAAAGGGACAAGGAAAUGACGAUCCCCUCUCCGGGCUCGUCUCUGGCCCUCAUGGUGGAGAACCUGGCCCGCAACAACUUCGGGCAGCCGCACCAAUUCGAGCAGCGGAAGGGACUCCCCGAGGGCCCGCUCCUCCUGGACGGGGUGGAGGCCACGCUCGACGGGAUCGUCGCUCUACAGUUCACCAAGCAAGACCUGCAGACACUGACGGAGAACACGGAGCUCUGGUCGCAGAUGCCAGCGGGUGACCCCAACUCCCCGAGACUCUACAGAGGGACACUGACCGUCGAUGGGGAACCGGCUGACACAUUCCUCAGGCUGACCGACACCUGGAUCAAGGGAGUCGUCUUCGUCAACGGGUUCAACCUGGGUCGGUAUUGGAACGUGGGGCCUCAGAAGACGCUCUACGUCCCGGCUCCCCUUCUUAGGACUGGGGAAAAUCAGUUUAACCUCAGGUGCUUGAAGGCAAAAGAAAGGACAGAAAUGCUGAAAAGCGACUAUGAUGAUGCCUUGCAGAUCGUGAUCUUCGAGCUGUACACCGGCGGCGAGGGACGGCUGGAGUCGGUGAACGAGCCGGACCUGGGACCCCCGCUGCCGCCGGGGAAGGACGGCGGCGUGUCCCAGACACAGCUCUUCAGUCUGCGGCCGCGCUGA